UUUUGCCCACUUGCUGUAGAAAUUUAAUACAACUAAUGUACAUAUAGCUACAAUGCAAUAUUAUUCUCAAAUCAGCAGCUUUGCAUUCAUGAUAAGGGACUAACUAUUGAACACAAUUAAUGAUUCAUUAGAUAGCAGUUUGGAAUAUUCCCCAAAAAAGUCUUAUUAAAGUUUUAGUAUCGUAUAGUGAAAAUACAAACUGAUGAUCUUCCUUGUUCUGUAUUUUUCCUAUUCUGCCAUUUAUGAAAACUCUAAAAAACAUCACUGCMGUCUGAAUGGAUGAAAUCUGUUGUUACAGAAUGCAUGGAGCUAAUAUCUAUGCAAGAAUACCUAGUAAAAUACAAAGGAUUUCACAGAGUUCACGGAGCACCCUUCUCAUAUAUCUGUAAAGUAGCAGUAUUGUCCCAAACAGAGCAGUUUCAUACUUUGUGGAGAAAAUUUAAAAAGGAGGCAUAGACCUUACUUCUUGCUUUAUUCCUCAUGGAUGCUUUGUUCACCCUGUAGAGGAACUUGGAAGCUUYGAAGUGUUGCUUGAAAAAAGAAAGGGUGCCUUGAAUUGAGGACGUUUGCCACAGAUGCAYGAUCUGUGAUGCUGCUGUUUGGAACUAAAAGACAAUCAGAAUUUACCUGCUGAAGCAUAGAUUUCAUGGAUUCCAAUUCCAACACUGUGGUUGUAACUGGUUUUGGUCCCUUUAGACAGUAUCUGGUGAAUUCUAGCUGGGAAGCUGUGAAGGAGCUGUCCAAGCAAGGCCUUGGUAAAAACAUAGAUCUGCACAUUAUGCAGCUGCCAGUGGUUUACCAAAAAGCAAAGGAGCAGGUCCUCAAAAUAUGGACAACGCUUCAGCCACUGCUUGCUGUUCACGUUGGGCUGGCCUCGUCCGCCAAAGCAAUCAUCCUGGAGCAGUGUGGGAAGAACAAAGGCUACCAGGAGAAGGAUGCUUGUGGGUUUCACCCAGAGGGUGGCUGGUGCAUGCUGGAUGGUCCAGAAAAGAUUGAAUCUACAAUUAAUAUGAAGACUCUCUGGAAAAACACUUCAGUGGAAGGCAUUGAUAUCAUCUUUUCCAGAGAUGCAGGAAGGUACAUCUGUGAUUACACCUAUUACACCUCUCUCUACUACGGCAACGGAAGAGCAGCUUUCAUCCAUGUGCCUCCAUUAUCCAAAUGGGUAACUGCAGACUUUCUAGGAAAAGCAUUACAGAUAAUUAUCUUAGAAAUGUUAAAACAGUGUGGGAAAGAAGGAGAGUAAGAAAGAUCAUUUAGAGAAAUUACUAACAUUUUAGAAUACCUUAACUCAUAAAUAAGGCAUCUCUGUAGAUUUAAAACUCUUACUUAGAUAAAAACGUUUUAUAUUCUGUGUUAUUUUCGGUGAAAUC